CAGAAGAUGCUAAUCUAAGAAAUGUAAAACACUGGCAGGAAAUUCCUGGACCUACUUCUUUGCCAAUAAUAGGUCAGAUGUACCAUUUUUUUCCAGGAGGGGAAUUACAUAAUGCAUUUUCGGUAGAAUUCGGAAAACAUAUAUUUCAGAAAUAUGGACAUAUAGUUAGAUUCAAUGGGUUUCUAGGCAGAAAACCUGUUGUAGUUUUAUUUGAUCCUGAAAGUAUAUCAAUGGUACUGCGAUCUGAAAAUGUAAUGCCUGUGCGUCCUGGAUUUCAAACACUGACCUACUACAGAAAAUGUAAAAACAAAAACAAUCAACCAAUGGGAUUAAUUGCCGAUAUUGGUGAGCCAUGGAGGAAGUUCCGCACAGUAAUAAAUCCGGUGAUGCUACAGCCUAAAAUAAUCAAACUUUACCACGACAAGCUAGAUGAAGUCGCCAUGGACAUGGUAGCCAGACUGCGAUUUCUACGAGGCAAAAAUGGCAUGAUCCAGAGGCCAUUUGAUUUGGAAAUGAAUCUCUGGUCAUUGGAAUCAGCGAGCUUGGUGGCCCUCGGGCGUCGUCUCAACUGCUUCGACCUAAAUCUACCUUCAGACUCGCCUGAGAGGAGACUCAUAGAUUUGGUGCACGAGGUCUUCAGGGUAGCAGACGAAUUGGACUUCCGACCGAGUUUGUGGAGAUACUUUCCCACCAGAGCCUUUAAGAGAGCAAUGAAGCUAUACGAAGAACAAGAUAAUGCAACCAGAUAUUUUAUUGACAAAACCAUAAAAGAACUUAAAGUGAGAGGUGGCAGUAAAACUGAAUCAGAAAAAGGGGUUUUGGAAAAAUUACUUGACAUAAAUAAGGAUAUGGCCGUGAUUAUGGCUUCAGACAUGAUUACUGCAGGAGUGGAUACGACUUCCAAUACAAUGCUUGCCAUUUUGUACCUCCUGGCUGUAAAUCAAGAAAAACAAGACAUUUUGAGGGAGGAGUUAAUGUCAGGAGGAAAGCGGAGUUACUUGAAAGCAUGUAUAAAGGAGUCCAUGAGAAUCAUGCCAGUGUCUGCGGCUAAUGCAAGGGAGACUUCUAAAGAGUACAAUAUUCUUGGAUACCAUAUACCAAAAGGGAUGCAAGUCACGUUUAUGCACCAAGUGAUGGCACAGAUGGAAGAGCACUACCCUCGACCUCAAGAGUUCAUCCCCGAGAGGUGGACAGUGGGCAAGGAGGACCCUCUUCAUUAUGGCCACGCCAACCCUUUUACUUACAAUCCUUUUGGGUUUGGUGUCAGAAGCUGCGCAGGUCGUCGCAUAGCCCUUUUAGAGCUGGAAAUAUUCUUGGCAAGGAUUAUACAAAAUUUCAAAGUGGAAUGGCUCGGACCACCUGGGAUUGUCGUGAAGUCCACCACUCUUAACUACGUUAAAGGACCAUUCAAUUUUAUAUUUAAGGACAUUUGACUUGUUGACAUUUAAAUAAUCAGAAAAUUGUAGCAUUAAUUUAAUAUUUUUCGAUGUACUGACCACCAAAG